AUGGCUCGCGCACUUAGCUUUCUCCAUGACAGGCGCGUGCUUCAUGCAGAUAUCACUAACCGGAACUUUCUGCUGGAUUCUGAUCUAUCGCUUAUUAUGUGCGACUUCUCAGAGGCGACUCUUCUUCCCUUGGACUCCGAUAUGGAAGCUGUGGAUGACAAUGGAUACACGACGCACAUUGAUAUUGGGUUCCUUGGGGCAGUCAUGUACGAAGUUGUCACCGGCACCAAGUUCAAGAUUGAUCUCUUCAAAGACAACUCUCCCGCUGACGGUCGAGCGUAUUGGCCAGCGAGAAAGUUUCUACCUUGCACACGGGAUGUCUGGCUCGGGGAGAUUAUCAAAGGCUGCUGGACUGGAGAGAUUCCCUGCGCUCACAAACUCCUACAGGCAUUAGAUCUUAUAAGCCUGGAGCACGAACCACGGGGAGAACUCGCCUUGGACUCGUGA